AUGCCGAUUCAAGUAGACGUGCUCAGCGCAUUGGCGGGAGCAAUCAAUGGCGCGGUACCUCCCCGCCGGAAAGGGGAACAACUUACCAAAGACGACCGGGCAGUCCUUGCGGUUCGCAACCUCGUGUACGAUGUGACUAUGCAAAACGGCGGCGGUCACGGCGGCUCUGCCGUGGGAAUGGCUGCCAUUGGGGUGGCGCUUUGGAAGUACGUGAUGCGGUACAAUCCCAACGACGCCGAGUGGUUUGAUCGUGACCGGUUUGUCUUGUCAAAUGGUACGUGUGCCGCACGCGGCAGAGAGGCAGCUCGCUCGGCAUCCGCUGACCUGGGGAGCCUCGUAGGACAUGCCAGCAUCUUCUUGUACGUCAUGAACUAUCUCGUGGGAUACGAGGCCUGGACGUUGGAGGAGCUCAGGGGCUACGGAUCGGCCAAGCUGGACGGAUCGACGACUCUCUGCCACGCGCACCCCGAGAUUGAGUGUCCGGCAGUUGAAGUCACCACAGGGCCCUUGGGCCAGGGGGUCGCAAACGCUGUAGGACUGGCCAUUGCGUCCAAGAACUUGGCCGCAAACUUUAACCGGCCCGGCAUCGAGCUCGUCAAGUCCCGCAUUUACUGCAUGACCGGGGACGGAUGCUUGAUGGAGGGAGUGGCUCUGGAAGGUUGGUCAGAGUUCGUGUUUUGUCUCUCGUCUCUGUUAUCACGCCUCUCGGGUCGGGAUGCUAAUGGCCUUCGCACCUCUGUAGCAAUCUCCCUGGCUGGAAAUCUACAGCUGGACAACCUGGUGCUGGUGUACGACAACAACCAGGUAACCUGCGACGGUCCGCUUCACUGGAUCAAUGUCGAGGACACCAACGCCAAGAUGCGGGCCUCGGGGUGGCACGUUAUCGACGUUGAUGGUGGCACUUACGAUGUCCAAGCUAUCGUAGCCGCGUUGCGCCUUGCACGAGCCAGCCACGGGAAGCCGGUGUUUCUGAACGUCCGCACCGUCAUCGGGGCAGACACUGCCAUGGCAGGGACGGCAAAAGCCCAUCACGGACCUUUUGAUAAGUCGAGCAUUGAGAGAUCAAAAGCCCUGGCCGGCCUUUCACCCCAGUCGUCGCAUCAAAUUCCGCAGUCAUGCCUGGAUUUCUUCCGAGAGCGCAAGGCAUACGGCGCAGCUUUGCAGCAGGAAUGGGAGGCAAAGCUUAUCGAGUACAUGUCCAAAUAUCCAGAGGACGCAAAGCUUUUCUUGGGCCGGAUGAAUGGCUACUUUGGUGACUGGAAAACGAUGCUAGAGAAUCUUGACAGCAAAAAGUUCAAGGGGAAAGCGACUCGUGAGUCGAAUGGAGAGAUAGUCCAGGCUCUAUGGAACGCGAACCCUGCAAUGUGUGGCGGCGGAGCAGAUCUGGUCAACUCGAACAAGUUCAAGUACUCUGAAAACGACGUGUUUCACCCAACAAACACUUUCAGGGGCAGUCAUAUCCGCAACGGAAUCCGAGAGCACGCCAUGGCAGCGGUUGCGAACGGUCUCGCGGCGUACAACCCGGGGACAUUCCUGCCGGUUACCACGACAUUUCUCAUGUUCUAUCUAUAUGCCGCUCCAGGCGUCCGCAUGGGAGCCCUGAGCCACUUGCAGGUUUUGCACAUUGCGACGCAUGAUUCCUUCCAAGAAGGUCAAAAUGGACCGACUCAUCAGCCAGUUGAGAUAGAUUCCCUUUUCAGAGCCAUGCCAGGCUUGACUUAUAUCCGUCCGUGUGACGCUGAAGAAGUGAUGGGUGCGUAUCUAUACGCCCUCGAACAGCGCAAGUCACCAUCCAUGAUUUCCGUGGCUCGGGAUCCGACGGGGCAUGUGCCAUGCACGAGUCGCCUGGGAGUGAGCAAAGGCGCAUAUGUGAUAAAGGAACAGAGCAGUGCGGCGGUGACCAUGGUCAGCUGCGGCUCGCAGUUGCACAUUGUCGUCGCCACGGCAGAAAAGCUUGAGCGACAGGGAAUCUCGACCAGAAUUGUGUCGGCGCCCUCUCUGGACAUCUUUGAGAGGCAACCGCCAGCAUACCGUCAAGCGGUGUUCCCGGUGGACGGAUCACCCAUAGUGAGCGUGGAGGAAUAUGUUGCUUUGGUCUGGGCGCGAUACGUGACGGCCAGCAUUGGGAUGACGGGCUUCGGCUACUCUGCGUCGAGCGAGAGUAACUACCAACGGUUCGGGCUGGACACGGAUGCCAUUGUAGCCAAAGUGGCAGAGUACCUGGGCAUGUUGGAGGGCAGUGAUGCAAGGGGCGCUGGUUGGCGACAUUUAUGA